CUCCUUUCUCCGUUCCCCGCCCCGGGAACUAGCCAAGACCGAGUCACGACGAGGUGCUGCUGCUGCUGCCGCCGCCGCCGCCGCCGCCGCCGCCGCUCUGCCCCGACGCCGCCCGGUGCUGCGGCCCCACGGUGUCCAACAUGAGUUUCUUGUUUGGUAGUCGUUCCUCCAAAACUUUUAAGCCAAAGAAGAACAUUCCAGAAGGUUCUCACCAGUAUGAACUCCUGAAACAUGCAGAGGCUACCCUGGGGAGUGGCAACCUGCGGACGGCUGUUAUGCUUCCAGAGGGGGAGGACUUAAAUGAAUGGGUCGCAGUGAACACUGUGGAUUUCUUCAACCAGAUCAAUAUGCUAUACGGGACCAUUACGGACUUCUGUACCGAGGAGAGCUGUCCAGUGAUGUCAGCUGGCCCAAAAUAUGAAUAUCACUGGGCAGAUGGAACCAACAUAAAGAAGCCUAUUAAGUGCUCUGCACCAAAGUAUAUUGAUUACCUGAUGACCUGGGUCCAGGACCAGUUGGAUGAUGAGACGUUAUUUCCUUCCAAAAUAGGUGUCCCUUUCCCAAAAAACUUCAUGUCAGUGGCAAAAACUAUCCUGAAGCGUCUGUUCAGAGUGUAUGCACACAUUUACCACCAGCACUUUGAUCCGGUGAUCCAGCUGCAGGAAGAAGCCCAUCUUAACACAUCUUUCAAGCACUUCAUAUUUUUUGUGCAGGAGUUCAACUUAAUCGAUAGAAGAGAACUUGCUCCACUCCAAGAAUUGAUUGAAAAACUAACUUCAAAGGACAGAUGAGAGGAUGGAAGGCUGUUCCAAUCAUUUGUUUCUUAAAUCAGGCUAUUAGGAAUAUAUUUGGGGGUAUUAUUUGGUUGGGUGGUUUAGGGAUUUUUUUGAGUUUAUUUUCCUUUAUUUUUUUUUUCCUCCUAAAUAAAUGAAAACUUUUUUCUGUUACUUAGAGUUAAUUAAGAUCCAUUCUCUAUGCUUUAGGUGGAGCACAAUCUUUUUCUUUUAGUGACAUACAGUAGCAUGGACAUUUUUGUUUUUGUUUGGAAUUUGGGAAAGGGUUGGGGAUGGGGUAUAUUUCAUUGUAGGUUU